CCCUAACGUCGUACUGACGCACACAUCACUACCUUUAUUCGUACCUACCUCUCUGUGCCAUUCACUACCCUUCCGCCGCGAGCCCUCCUUGCCCUCAUGUGCGCACUUCUAUAGUCAUCCUCGUUGCCUCCUCUUCCCCUUCCGUUUUGCCCCGUUCCAUCUCGCUUCGUUUCCCUCCGCGUUGCAGAUCGCGCACAUUCACAGACUCACUUUCCGACCACCAAACGCUGCUCCGUCGCAUCAUGUCGUGGUAGUAGCCCGCUGCCAUUUGUCCCGCCGCUUACACUCUCCUCUCCCGUGCUUCAUUCUCUGCCAUGGCCGAGACCGAGGCCCGCCAGUGGACGAUAGUCCUGAUCCUGUCCGCACUCGUCCUUUCCUUCGUCGUUCUCUCCCAGAUCCUGACAACAUACGCAACUGCCUACCGUGCCGCUCCCAACGAAAUCACCUCCUUCAUCGAUGCUGUGGACUUCUCUGUCGAGGAGAAUGAGAGUUACGAUCGCGACGUUGCCAGAGUCCAGCGUCUCGAGGAUAAGCUCCGUCUGGGCCGCUUGCUGCGUGAGAUUCAGAAGGGCGGCGACGACUUGCGCGAGGACAUCAACUCAAUGCUCCUCUCCAAUGACACCGCCACCCUGCACAUGAGCGCGCGGCUUCUCUGGGCCAGCAAGCGCCGCGACCUUGAGGAGCGCGUCCGCCGGCUAGAUCUUGUGAAAAUGCGCUUCCUCGUCGUGUACAUGGGUGUGGUUGCAGAGCGGGCGAGUACCACGACGGAACGACAGGCGCCUGUGUUGACGCCACAAAGAGACACGGAGAAAACGCCCGUGUCUCCUUUCACGCCGCCCAUGAAUGCGGUGAACGCCAAUUUGACGCGCGCGCUGACGGAGGAGAUCCGCGAGAGGCCGCCGCUGAGGAGGUUAACCACCCAGGCCAUCGGUCAUCGCGAAAAUACCGGAACAGGGCACAAGUUUGGGUGGGCGGGUGUGGUCCAGGAAUUACAAAAGAGUCCUCGGAUGCACAAACGACGCUCUUCUAUCGAAAGGUCCAUCGAGCAGGAGCUGGCGAAUGCCAAGCUGACAAUCUGAGC